AUGGCGGCGGUGAGAAGCCGUGUGUGUGUGUGGAGGUUCCUGACAGGUACUCGCGGCACGAAGCAGGUCUGUGUCGGGGUCCGAACCCAGCGCCAGCCCGAUGCUCUGCUCCAGCGGCCUCUCCAGCCCUUCGAGGGCGGACUGCCGUGCCGCCGGCUCAGCUCCGAGGCCGAAUCUGGUAGCUCAGAGAUGAAGAAACCUACAUUUAUGGAUGAGGAAGUUCAAAGUAUCCUUAUCAAGAUGACAGGCUUGAACUUGCAGAAGACUUUUAAGCCAGCUAUACAAGAAUUGAAGCCACCAACCUAUAAGCUGAUGACCCAGGCACAGUUGGAAGAGGCUACCAGACAGGCAGUUGAGGCAGCUAAAGUACGAUUAAAAAUGCCACCAGUUCUGGAAGAACGAACACCAAUAAAUGAUGUAUUAGCAGAAGAUAAAAUUUUGGAAGGAACAGAAACACAUAAAUAUGUGUUUACUGAUAUAUCACAUAACAUACCACACCGGGAGCGUUUUGUUGUUGUCAGAGAACCAAGUGGCACACUGCGCAAAGCCUCUUGGGAAGAGCGGGACCGGGUAAUACAAAUUUAUUUCCCAAAAGAAGGUCGUAGAGUUUUGCCACCAAUAAUUUUUAAGGAAGAAAACCUUAAGACCAUGUAUAGCCAGGAUCGGCACGCUGAUGUCCUCAAUCUCUGUGUUGCCCAGUUUGAGCCAGAUUCCACUGAAUAUAUCAAAGUUCAUUACCAGACCUACGAUGAUAUAGACAAACAUGGAAAGUAUGACCUUCUACGUUCAACAAGACACUUUGGUGGAAUGGCUUGGUAUUUUGUAAAUAAGAAAAGGAUUGAUGGUUUGCUGAUUGACCAGAUUCAGAGAGAUUUAGUGGAUGAUGCCACCAGCUUGGUCCAUCUGUAUCACAUGCUUCAUCCAGAUGGCCGGUCAGCUCAAGAGGCCAAAGAGCAGACUGCUGAGGGAGUAAAUUUAAUUAAGGUCUUUGCAAAAACAGAAGCACAGAAGGGAGCAUACAUAGAACUAACACUGCAAACUUAUCAAGAGGCAUUCCUAAGUCGUUCUGCAGCUUCCUGAAAAUGCUUAAAAAAUUACAUUUCAUUUCACUAAA